AUGCUAAGCGACUUGAAUACUAACAUGAUGGCUGUAGGCUACACUCGCAGCGAGCCCCGCCCGCCUUUCAUCCGGUACGUUGCAUUAGCAAAGUGUUGUUUGUUGAGCCCGCUAGCUAACUCAUCGCAGCCUCCUCUCCCCCCUUUCUUAGAUACCACGCGCCUCAGCAUCGACUUCAUGUACUAUAAAAAGGCUUUCGGAAUUACCUUCAGGCAAGCCGACAUUUCAGGGUUGAGACAUUGGAUCCCGGGUAUGGAGGACCAGGGAGGUGGAGGUCACGACCUCAACGAACUGUACAACUAG